GCCGGCUUCCACAGUCCACACCCCCCCCAAAGUACGUCCCCCUUAUCCUCACCGGAGACAGUUCAAUGGCCUUCGGUGCACCCUCCCACCUCCGCACCCCCUCCGCCAAUCUCCCUUCCUCCCUCCCCAGAUUCCCCUCUUCAUCCACACGCGUAGCCCCUUGCUCCACCACUGUUAAAUGUAAACAACUUCCCGCCCAGAACCCUAAACCCAGGAAUAAUUCCAUCAAAUCCAUCGUCAAGCCCCUUGCUAUCUCCUCUGUAUCUGUUGCCGCCGCUACUUUACUCUUCCCUCUCUCCUCCAUUCCCAACCUUUUCGGUGGCGGCGGUGAUAAUUUUGGAGGUAAUGGAUUCGGUGGGGGUAGUGGUGGCAAUGGCGGAGGUGGAGGCGGAAAUGGGGGUUCCAAUUUCUGGGAUAAAUUAUUUUCUUCAGCGCCGGCAAUUGCUGAUGAAGAUGAGCAGUCCCGAGAAUGGGAUUCGCACGGCCUGCCCGCCAACAUUGCGGUCCAGCUGAAUAAACUCAGUGCCCUCAAGAGGUAUAAGGUAUCGGAGAUUUUAUUCUAUGAUAAAGAUAAACGGACCACUGUAGGAACUGAAGAUCCUUUCUUUGAGAUGGUUUCUAUAAGGCCUGGUGGGAUCUACACCAAGAGCCAGUUGUUGAAAGAGCUGGAGACCCUUGCCACUUGCGGAAUGUUCGAGAAAGUGGAUAUGGAAGGGAAGACAAAACCUGAUGGAACGCUUGGAUUGUCGAUAUCCUUCACGGAGAGCACCUGGGAAAAUGCGAAUAAGUUCAAAUGUAUCAAUGUGGGGUUGAUGGCACAAUCUAAGCCUCUUGAGAUGGACCCUGAUAUGACAGAAAAGGAGAAGCUUGAGUUCUAUAUGAGUCAGGAAAAGGAUUAUAAGAGAAGGAUUCAGAGAGCCAAGCCAUGUCUGUUGCCCAAGCAGGUGAGAGAUGAGGUGUUGCAGAUGCUCAAGAACAAUGAGCAGGUGAGCGCUAGGCUGUUGCAGAGAAUCAGGGAUAGGGUGCAGAAAUGGUAUCAUGAUGAGGGGUAUGCAUGCGCCCAGGUUGUGAAUUUCGGGAACUUGAAUACUGAGGAGGUUGUUUGUGAGGUUGUGGAAGGGGAUAUUACACAGGUCGUGAUUCAGUUUCUGGAUAAGCUUGGCAAUGUUGUUGAAGGGAAUACUCUGCCUGCUGUUGUGAAGAGGGAGUUGCCUAAACAGCUUAAGAAAGGUCAAGUUUUUAACAUAGAAGCUGGGAAACAAGCUCUGAGGAACAUAAAUGCACUGGCUUUGUUUUCAAAUAUUGAGGUGAACCCUCGACCUGAUGAAAAGAAUGAGGGAGGAAUCAUUGUUGAGAUAAAGCUUAAAGAACUAGAUCAAAAGUCUGCUGAAGUCAGUACAGAAUGGAGUAUUGUUCCUGGACGUGGAGGGCGCCCUACUUUGGCUUCCCUUCAACCUGGUGGAACUGUCUCUUUUGAGCAUCGAAAUCUCUAUGGGCUUAAUAGAUCCGUUCUUGGUUCAGUGACCACCAGUAACUUCUUUAAUCCCCAGGAUGAUCUUGCUUUUAAGCUUGAAUAUGUGCAUCCAUAUCUGGAUGGUGUAAGUAAUCCACGAAAUCGUACUUUCCGCACAAGCUGUUUCAACAGUAGAAAAUUAAGUCCAGUUUUCACUGGUGGGCCAGGAGUUGAUGAAGUCCCCCCAAUAUGGGUUGAUCGAGCUGGCAUCAAAGCUAAUAUUACAGAGAAUUUCUCUCGUCAAAGUAAAUUUACUUACGGACUUGUGAUGGAAGAGAUAACAACCCGUGACGAAAGUAGUCAUAUCUCUGCUCAUGGUCAAAGAGUCUUGCCCAGUGGUGGCAUCAGUGCAGAUGGGCCUCCAACAACUCUAAGUGGUACUGGUGUUGAUCGAAUGGCAUUUUUACAAGCAAAUAUUACACGUGAUAACACCAAAUUUGUCAAUGGAGCUAUCGUUGGUGAGAGGACUGUAUUCCAGGUGGACCAAGGCCUUGGCAUUGGCAGCAAAUUUCCCUUCUUUAACCGCCACCAGCUUACUGUCACAGAAUUUAUCCCAUUGAAGCAAGUUGAAGAAGGUGCUGGUAAACCACCACCAUCUGUUCUAGUCCUUCAUGGCCAUUAUGGAGGUUGUGUGGGUGAUCUUCCAAGUUAUGAUGCCUUUACUCUUGGGGGACCUUAUUCUGUGAGAGGUUAUAACAUGGGUGAGUUAGGUGCAGCAAGAAACAUUAUUGAGCUUGGAGCUGAGAUCAGGAUACCUGUACGAAACACCCAUGUGUAUGCAUUUGCAGAGCAUGGCAAUGAUCUAGGUAGUUCAAAAGAUGUAAAGGGAAACCCAACAGAAGUCUACAGGCGAAUGGGUUAUGGUUCAUCAUAUGGUGCAGGUGUCAAGCUAGGUCUAGUGCGUGCUGAGUAUGCUGUUGAUCACAACACUGGAACGGGGGCACUUUUCUUCCGUUUUGGAGAAAGAUAUUGAGAUCGAUAUAGGGUGUUAUACGUUUCCUUAGUGAAGAUUGGUCAUUCAGGUUUUAUAACUAUUUGAGUUGUUCUUGAUCAUAGAGAUUAGAGAGUUUUCACGUGCGGAGAACUAGAUAUAGUAUUUCAACUAGUGGCUUUCUUGCUUCUAAUAAUUUUUUCAUUGUGUUUUCUAUUCUGGUCAGAUUCUAUAAGCACUGAGAUUGCAAACAAAUGGUCAAUGCAGGAUAAUCUGGUCUUCUUGUUGAAGUCCCUUCUUUAUAGCUUUAACAACUGUAAUAUUUUUAGUCCUGAAAAUUAAGCGAAAUAAUUUUG